AUGUCGAUUUGUGAUGUACCCCACACCAGCCGGACACAUUGUUCCGGAAUAGUAGAAAUAUCCAGGCAAUGGUCACCACAAGUACAGACGAGACAGAGGAGACAAACCCAAAGUCUGUUGAGUCCUGGCAGUAGUCCUUCACUAUGGCGACCACACAAGCAAAAUGCUCUAACCGGACAAUCACUGGUAGGGAACUUCCAAUGGAAAGAUGUUCUCAUCCCCGAUAACGUGGGCCGUGGUACAGUGAAAUGGUGGUAUCAACGACGGACAUUGAUCCAAUAUGCCGCCAUGGCCAGCGCUGGCUUGUAUACCUUCUAUACUUCCUCAUCGCCAUCUUUGCGAGCCGCCGGGCUUGGGCUUUUGUUUCCUGGAGCCGGUCUGAUUAGCGUCUGCACAAUUCCAUCGAUCCUCGCGUUCAUCAUCUCAACGGCAGCGAUUCCCGCAUGCCUGUUUGCCUGGUUCGGUGCUGGUGGAGUUGCUUUCCCGAUGUUCUUGUGGGCAUCGACGACAGCCCUCGCUGCUUUCUUGGCUAAAGAAUCAUUACUGGAAAUUGCAGCCCCCCUUUGGACCGCCAUCUGUGUUGUCGGCAUUGCCUACAUAACCCAGACCACCAGCACUGCCAACAAGGAAGCCAGCCAAAAACGCGAAGAAAGGAACAAAUAUCUGGUUGAGUCGGUACAGAAGAGCCAAGCUAGUGCUAAACUUCCACAGCCAGGUUCUCGCGAACUGUCUCUCCGAAACCUGAGGUUUCUACAAUGGGAGAUUGAACUUGGCCUUGCAGGAAAAGAUGAUUUCUCACAUCACGAUAUUAUCGACCAGUUCCAGACGUCAGCUAUACGAUACCAACUCUACGGUGCCCAGAACGAUCUUGGUGUCUAUCAAUUCGCAUACGCUCCCAACUUCCACGGAUAUCUCAGUCAAGCACAAAGAAACUGCAUCGAGAAGUCUCUCACAGAAAAGGUCGUUGGCUUUUGGAAAUGGGAAUCGAUGUGGGGCAAAUUCAAUGCUCACGACUGGGACCCAUGUGUCAAGGAUAACAUCAUGGUCUCAGGCUAUGUUGCACAAGCUGUGGGCAUCUACCAAUCCAACACCGGUGACGAGCGGUACAUGAAGCCUGGGAGCCUCACAUUCCACGUUAGCAAGAAUGGUAUCUACGAAUAUGACUUCCGCAAGAUCGCUGUGGCUCUUGAGAGGAACUUCAAGGAAGCGGCAUACUGCCUAUUCCCUUGCGAACCGAACUGGAUCUACACCAUGUGCAACCUCGUCGGUAUUAGUGGCAUGAUUUUGGCCGAUCGUCUCAUGGAUAUGCCUUACGCUAGACAAGUGAAACAGCGAUUUGAGAAUGCACUGGAAGAGGAGUUCACCACCCAAGACGGCACGAUCCUUCCUAUUCGCAGUGAGCUGACGGGCUUCACGAACACUAAGAUUCCCGGUCUUGCGGGCGCGCUCGCUGACGGAGUAAACUCGAUCCUCUGCGCUGCCUAUCUCCCACAUAUCGCUCACCGAAACUGGGCAUUCACGAAGAAUGAGUCAAUCAAAUUCAACAAGAAAGGCGAGAUUGAACUUCAGAACCUCGUUGGCGCCGACAAGAUUGAUGCUGGUAACUACAAGGCUGGGGAGGGUUCUAUUAGAGCCACAUUUGCCGCAUCUGCUACUGAGUUCGGCGAUGAAAAGAUUGCCAAGGAGUUGCUCAGACAAUUGGAUGAGGAAUACCACCCUGUCAUGGAGACGAAGACCGGUGCUCUGAAGAAUAGAGGCCUGAGCACAUUGAGUCAAGGUGCUGCUACCCGAGCCAGAAUUGGAGGAUUCCAAGAUUGGGUGAACAUGAUCACAAAGGGACCAGAGGAAAGCACAAAGCGAGGACCAAUCCUGGAUAAGGUUUCAUAUCCUGAAGUUCUUGUUGCGAAGUGCUACUCGCACGAUGGUGUUGGGUUAGAUAUCGUCCUCUAUCCUGGUCGUGAUGCUGGCACAUUCGACCUUGGCUUUACGAGAUUGAGGCCUGGUAGCAAGUACUCUCUUGGAGGUCAGACCAAGGUUGCAGGCAGAGACGGUACUGCGGACUUUGCAGUCAAGGUAGAUGGGCGUACACAGCUGGAGCUUACGCUUCAGAAAUAG